AUGAAAAACAACAAAAGUAAGGGGGGAAAUAAAAAGAAAGUCGAAACGGCAAAGGGCGGAGGUAUUUCUAAGGAUGCGAAUCCGGACUCCCCAAAAAUUGCCCUCCAAAAUGGGGGCAGUAGAGACGAGCAGAAAGGGGAAUCCAGAGAAGGAACCCAUGAAGAGAUAGCUCAGCAGGAACACCAAAACAAACCUCGCAAUGGUCAUCAAACUGCAGAUGAUAAUUUUGAAGGGGCUAAAAUGAUAAGCGCCAGCCCAUCCUCCGUGUGCGCACCUAUGGAGGUGCCCCCCUCAGGGAAAAAAGUGGAAUACCAAAAAAAGGGAAGCAAUAGGAAGAAGGCUCAAAAAGGAAAGGCGAUCAUCAAAAACCGUGCCACUACCGCUCCCACUACCGCGGGUGAUAUGAAUAGGGGGAGCGAAAAACAAAGCAGUAAUAACAAAAAGAGGAAUAAACCGAGCAGUGGGAGAACCCCCAAAAAGGAUGAACGGAGCGGUGAACAGAACGUCAACCCAGGGGAAGACAGCAAAAAGGGGUUGAAAAAAGAGAUACACCAGGAAGAAAAGAAAAAGAUAAAAGGGGAGAUUUCAUACGAAGGAGCGCCCCCCAUUAACGAACAACCAAUCGUAGGUAGGAACUUAGUGCAAAGUAGCGGAGAAAGAAAAGCCGCAAUCAUCUCACCAGAUCACGAAAUUUUGGAGAGCGAAGCCAAAAGUGGAGCAGGUAAAAAGUGUGAUGACCCCCACGUGGACUCGGAAAAUGCCAAGGAAGUGAAAAUAAAUGCAAAUAAAAAGAGGAAAAUAAGCAAAAAAGGCGAAGCGGACGAUCAAAGCGAAACGAGCAAGAAAGGCGAAGGGGGCGGGAAAAGCGGAACGACCAAAAAAGGUGCAGCAAGCGGGCAAAACAAAACGAAUGAACAAGACGAAACGACCAAGCAGCGCGAAAGGAAGGACGACGAUGGAACCACUUUACAGCCCGACACGAUCAGUGACGAACGUAAGGGCCCCCCCGAGACAACCACCUUGAUCGAAAAAAACCAAAAAAAAACUGCCAGCAAAAGCGAAGCGGAAAAUAAACCAAAAGGAGCCAAAAUUACCCUCAGCGAAGAGGAAACAAAAGAAAAAAUUUACAAAUAUAUGAAGCAAACGAAUAGACCCUACUCAGUCAUUAAUGUGUACGACAACCUACACGGCACCAUCAGCAAAAACGUCGUCCAAAAACUGAUGGACGAAUUAAGUACAGAAAAAAAACUGCAGUGUAAGGAGUAUGGGAAAGCCAAAGUAUAUCUGGUCAAUCAAAGGGAAUUUAAAAGCCUAAAUAUGCAAGAAAUGGGGAAAUUAAAAAAGGACAUUGAAUUGAUAAGAGAGCAGACUGAAGUGGCCAAAAAUGAUCUUAACCAUUUUGUAAAAAUAAAAAAAAAGUUAAUUCAAGAUUUAGAACUUGUGGAAAAUGUAGAUAAAUACAAAAAAGAGUUCCAGCUAGUGGAGGAAGAAAUAAAAAUGUACGAGAAGGCAAACAAAGCAUGCAAGCUAACUUCGGACGAAAUUGACCUGAUUAAAAACAAGCAUGGCUACUUGCACGCCAUGUGGCUCAAGAGGAAAAGGCUCUGCGUGGAAAUCAUUAAGUGCGUUGCCACCUUAACGGAUAAGGACUCCAGGGGCGUCAUCUUCCACUUGGGCAUCGACGUCGACGAGGACGUGGUCCCGCCCAGCUUGUACUCCUAG